GCAGGUUUACAAACUAUGGGACAGGCCUACAUUUUACCGGCAGUAAAUUGAGGAAGGGACAACUGAGACAUUUGUCCUAGAAAAUAUCAGAAAGAUGGCGGGGAACGAAUCAGACUUAAGUAAAGAAAUAGAUGAAACUUGUAUUUUCUGUUUGAUAGCCAACGAUCAAGACAAAGAAACGGAAGUCAUUAAAAAGAGCAAGGAGCUGGUGUGUUUCAGAGACAUUUACCCUGCUGCUCCCCACCAUUACCUGGUUGUCCCCAUACAGCACAUACACAGCUGCUACUCACUGCACAGGGGACACAUCAGCCUCGUUAAACAGAUGGUUGAGAUGGGGAACGCUGUACUACAAGACCAAGGGAUCACUGACAUGAAGGACAUAAGGAUGGGCUUCCACCAACCUCCCUACACUUCAGUUGAUCACCUCCACCUCCAUGUGCUCGCCCCCACCAGCAAAAUCUCAGAGUACAUGCAGUAUAAGUUCAUUCCAGGAACAGAUCGUUUUGUUACUGCACAAUUUCUACAGAAGCAUCUAAAGAAGAACAUUUUCUGGAAAAUAGUGGAGCGGAUGGUAGAAAUGGGAGGGAGAAUACUGGAGAAGAAUAAAGUCAGCGACCUAGAUGACGUCAGGAUGGGGGUUUCAUCUGCCUCCAUUCUCAUCUGUUCCCCACCUCCACCUCCACGCUCUGGCUCCAGCCAGUCAAAUGAACUUCAGGUCGCAGCUUCACUACGGGCCUCAGUCUCACUGGUUCAUCACAGUAGACAACGUGCUUUCUCAGCUGAAGACUAGCUGCAAGGUCAAAUGAAGCGAUACAGAGUCUGAAGGUGUCUUCUUUUAUGUCGACAGGUUAUUUAUUGUCAUUACGCCUCACUGAGUGUAAUUUUAAAUCAGUUUUCCACCUGACUUGAGCUUUUUGUGUUAAUGAGUUAUAAUGAUUUAUAAUUCCUCCGUGCAGCUUGCUGGUUUUAGUUGUGGAGGAAAAAAAGCUCUUUUUUUGGGUGGAAGCCGUAAAAUCUUUCUUUCUUUCUUUUUUACGUGCAUGCUGUUCCUACCAAAUAUCACGUUGUGUAAUUAGAGCAUCAAUGAGGGGAGAAUUACAGCUUUUAAGAUAUGUAUUAUUUAUGUAGAUACAAACCUUGAAGACUAACUUGAAAACUAAUAACACAUUUAUUGAUACAAUUUGAAAAUUACAUAUAAGAAAUCAUUUAAUUGUAUUUUUUUUUUUUUACCAUAUUACAUCUGUAUUUAUCGGGAAGGACAGUUAUACUUUGCACAUUCAUGCACAAACCUCUCAAACCUGUUUACACACAGAAAUCAUUUUUGUUUAUAUGUUUACUUGUUUGUUCCAGUGUAUGAAGUGGAUCAAAACAGCUGCUCAUAACUUUGGUAUCUUUGUUUCAUAACCUGUCUGAUUCACUGCGGUACAAUCUUUAUUUUAAUAGUAAUAUAAUAUUUUAUGUAAUAUUAAUAAAAGAUCUGGAAAAGCUCCAAAUAAUGGGUUCAUCUCUGACAAAGUCUUAAGGGUUGCUUGGCCCUUUUUCCCACUUCACAAACACAGGCUCAAGUGUGUGCAGCUGUGUAUGAUACCCCUUCAGUAUUUCUGUUUACUUUAAUAAUCACAGGGGACAAUGGGUCCUAAUGUACGUCUUUGUUUCUCUGCCAGCACCUACACAAAUGUCUGAACAACACUGUUUGGAGGAAAAACACAGAAUUCAUUAUGAGAACACAAAAAACCCAAACAUUAGAUUACCAUGACAAUACAGGAGAUCCUAAUGGGCCUGAAUACAGCUAACAAUGAUACAAGGGUUCCUCUAAUUUAAUUAUUUACUUUUAUUACCGCUCAAGAUUCCAUUAGCGCUUUCGAGAUCAUGUUAAUUGGCAGCGUGUGCCAGUGGGUGCAUAGAUAUCUGAAGGCUUUGUUGGCAGGUUUUUGUUUCGUCUUCAAAAUUUGGCCAAAUCUGUGAAUUUCCAAUUGGACUGCUCAAUAAGAUGUGGGUUUUAAGUCUUUGUGUCCAUUCAGAUGAAAGAUGGCCCAUUAGAAAUUGGCAGCUAGCUGUUUGUUUUCAUUAAGCCACAUCAGAGAGAUAAUUUACCUAAAUUAUUCUGUUGUUUUUCUAUCUUUUAAAUAAGCCAAUUAUAUCCGUGCCAUUAUAUAAAGAAUUGUAUUUUGGUGCAAAAGUGUUUGGAGUUUAAGGUGAUAUCAUAUUGGCGGUGGGUAGGUGACAGUUGAAUGCCCCUUCAACAUCAAGAAUAAAACGUCACGCAGGUGGGGAGUAGGGUGUAGUGACCGCUGGGGGGCUGCUACUGUCUGUGUUUCUCUUCUGAUGCAUGCUUCAGGAAAAAAAUACACCAUUGAACAAUAAUUUAUUAUACAGCUUUGUAUCUCUGUACUGUAUUCUGUACCAUUGACAAGCUGACCACCAGCGCACUCAUAGCACCAACCAGCUGAUCGCCCUGCUGGACGGGGAUCCCUCUUCGAGUAGUCCCCCCCCAAGGUUUCUUCCUUUAGGGAGUUUUUUCCUUUUUCUCAUUGAGGGUCUAAGGUUUGGGUGGGUGCCAUUUUAAUGUAAUGUGGACACUGUAAAGUCCUCCGUCAGACCAGAACAUUUUAAAUAAAUGUAAAAAUGUA